AUGCCGAAUCCAGGCCAUGAUGAUAUGAUUCAUGAUGCGGUGCUUGAUUAUUAUGGCCGGAGGUUGGCAACCUGCUCGAGCGACCGGACGAUAAAGAUUUUUGAGAUUGAUGGCGAAUCCCAGCGCCUCCUGGAGACAUUGAAAGGACACGAAGGAGCUGUUUGGUGUGUAUCGUGGGCGCACCCCAAGUACGGGAAUAUUCUGGCAUCUGCUGGUUAUGACGGAAAGGUUUUUAUCUGGCGGGAACAGAACGGCCAAUGGCAGAAAAUUUUCGAUUUUGCCCUCCACAAAGCAUCCGUCAACUUAGUCUCCUGGUCGCCUCACGAGUCGGGUUGUCUCCUUGCCUGCGCAUCCUCUGACGGCAAUGUGAGCGUUCUGGAGUUCAAAGAUAACUCCUUUGAUCAUAGGACAUUCCCUGCUCAUGGCCUCGGGGUCAAUUCCGUUUCCUGGGCUCCUGCUACCAACCCCGGUAGCUUAAUGACGAGCUCCCCUCCCUCUGAUUCAACGGGUGUUAGACGAUUCGUCACUGGUGGCUGUGACAACUUGCUGAAGAUCUGGAUCUACGACGGAGCUACACAAACGUACACCCUGGAACAUGAACCUCUUUCUGGGCAUACCGAUUGGGUGAGAGACGUGGCUUGGUCCCCCUCUCUGCUCCAGAAGUCUUACAUCGCGUCGGCAUCCCAAGACAAGACCGUCCGCAUAUGGACUUCGGAUCCCAGCACAAAUGGCCAAUGGGCUUGUAAGACAUUAAACUUUGAUUCUCCAGUGUGGAGACUUACCAUCCACCCCAUCGAUGUUGUCCAGUUCCAAGCCCUCCCACCAGCAUCUCCUGGCAGGCUUUCUCCAAAAGAGGAGCAGCUUCUGCGCCAUACCAACCACACUCCCGCCCAUCUCUGUGCCACGGAUAUCACUGCGCAGCCGUGCGAGGGCUAG